CCAGUUCUCUUAAUUCCAGCUCUCGCCAAUACAUAAUUCUUUCCUAGACAGCAGAGCUACAAAAAACAUUUUCAGUGACGAAUUUAAUCCAACGAGAGAUGCACCGGCUGCAAAACAGGGAGAAUGUCAGUCUGUUCGCAGACGUCACUCGGCAGGAAAUCAUCAACCAGAGUUUGCAGGUGCAAGCCCUGAUUCAGGAGCUGCAGUCAUGCGCCGGCCCUCAGGAGACGCUGGACGCCAUCAGCUUGGAGGUGCGGACGAGAAUAGCCGCCCUUCGAAAGCACAUUCAGGAGCUGGAAGGGCUGGCCGACGAGCUGGACGUCGAGAAGGACCGACUGCAGCUCUUGGAGGAGAGUAAAAGCCAUCGGCAGAUGCUCACUAGCUCGCAGACGGCCUUCAGAAAUGCUACCGUGGCGUGCCAGCAUGUUAUAGACAAAACCAACCAAGAGCAGCUGUUUUCAAGUGAUAAGGAGCCAAUGAGCGCCAGGAAAAGACUGAAUAAGGAUAAGCAGAGCAUGGCGAACGCGUCGGCCAACGUCACGGACCACCUCCUCUCCAUCAGCAGACACCUGGCUGAGACGAACCAAAGAAGUGCAGACACUCUCGAGAAUUUAGCAAAUUCGUCUUACACCCUGCACUCGACGCAGGAGGAGUUUAAAAGCAUGGGCGGCGUUAUCAACCAGUCGGGAAAACUGCUGGCCAAGUACGGACGCCGCGAGUUGACGGACAAAGUGAUCGUUUUCUUUGCGUUCGCCUUUUUCAUGGCCUGUGUUUUGUACAUAAUCAAAAAACGGUUGUUUUAAAAUAAUUGUUACUGCGCCUCUGUGAGAUUUUAUACAAGAAAACAAUACAUUGCAUUUGAUGCUUCAGUUCAAAUUACAAA